AGGAAAUAGGUCUGGGCUCCUCAAAUAGUAGGUGUUUAUCAAUCAAUCAACAAGCCUUUAUACCUAGACAUGGAUAUACAGACAUAUCUUGGUCUCCAAGGAGCUUACCUUUCCUGGGAAGAAUACAUUAUGUUCACAGAAGAAUAAAGACAGGAUAGAUGCAAAUAAAACCCAUGAUUUGAGGAAGGGACUGAACUGAACCACUACUGAAGAAUCAGGAAGGAUUUCUUGAAAGAGAUGGCACUGGAGCCUGAUUUUGAAAAGAGAUGAUUUCUUGGAUAUAAUAGAAAGAGCAGUCCAAACUGGUGUUAAAAAGUUUAUGAUUACAGGUGGAAGUCUACAAGACAGUAAAGAUGCCCUGAAUUUGGCAAAGACAAAUGAUAUGUUUUACAGCACAGUUGGAUGUCAUCCUACCCGCUGUGGAGAAUUUGAAAAGAAUAAUCCUGACCUUUAUUUAACUGAGCUACUAAAUCUUGCUGAAAAUAAUAAAGGAAAAGUUGUAGCAAUAGGAGAAUGUGGAUUGGAUUUUGAUAGAUUACAGUUUUGUCCCAAAGAUACACAACUCAAGUACUUUGAAAAACAGUUUGAACUGUCAGAACAAACAAAGCUACCCAUGUUUCUUCAUUGUAGAAACUCACACACUGAAUUUUUGGACUUAAUGAAGAAAAAUAGAGACAGAUGUGUGGGAGGAGUGGUACAUUCAUUUGAUGGCACAAAGGAAGAAGCAGCUGCAUUGAUUGACAUGAAUCUUUACAUAGGAAUUAAUGGUUGCUCACUGAAAACUGAGGCCAACCUAGAAGUGUUAAAGUCAAUACCUGGUGAAAAAUUAAUGAUAGAGACUGAUGCUCCUUGGUGUGGAGUCAAAAAUACUCAUGCAGGAGUAAAAUAUGUAAAAACUUUAUUUCCCACAAAAAAGAAAUGGGAAAGUGGGAGUUGUUUGAAGGACAGAAAUGAACCUUGUAAUAUUAUUCAGGUUCUGGAGAUAAUGGCAGCAGUAAGAGAUGAUGACCCACUUGAAUUGGCCAAUACACUGUAUAACAACACCAUUAAAGUCUUCUUUAAAGACAUGUAAAGCAGCCAUUUUCAUGUUUCGUUGUAUUUGUAAAACUGCAUGGCAAAAUGUACUGUAAACUUUCAAUAAAAGUAUGAAACUUAACUAAA